CCCGAUUUGUUUACAUUUUGGACUUGAGGCCUUUUCAAUUGUUGGUCUUGAAGUGUCCAACUCGUUCAAAAAGUUUGUAAUUUUAGCAAAAGUUCGAUAUAAAACCUAAUUUCCAACGAUGUCUGGCAAUAAAUCCAAAGGCUGGUUCAAAUCGGCGUUCGAUUUCGAGGCGCCCUCGUCGAAAACGCCAACGGUAAAGCGAAGCGCCUCUGUCAUCAAUAACCAACGGCCAUCCCCAAAAAUUUCCCCUACGGAACCAUCCAUCAAGAAGACCAAAUUGGACAGGAGCACCAGUUUGGGUCAGAAUGCCACAUCUACGGUGCCGACGGUGACGGAUCCUGGUCAGAUUGAUUGGUCCAUUGAUUUGGCGCCAAAAUCGGUGGCCGAUUUGGCGGUCCAUUUCAAGAAGAUCGAGGAAGUCCAGCAGUGGUUCCGGACGUACGACCGGGUGAAGGGAACCGAUCCCGCAGCCAUCCUGUUGGUUUCGGGUCCGGCAGGUUGCGGCAAGAGUUCCACGAUCAAAACAGUCGCCGGAGAACUGGGAUAUGAGGUUUCCGAGUGGACAACUCCGGUCGAUGUGGACCUGUUCUAUCACAAUUACGACUUCGAAGGUGGGACACGGGAGGACGUUACCUUUAGGGAAAGUCAGAGGGAACAGUUUGAUUCGUUCCUUUACAAGACAUCUCGGUAUUGUUCGAUUUUCGAAGGCGCUUCGGAUCAGAAACUGUUACUGGUGAAGGACAUUCCCAAUGUGUUUCUGCGAGAACCGGAAGUGCUGAAAGCUUCUCUAGAAGCGUACCAGGAAACAGGAGCGUCCCCGUUGGUCUUCAUUGCAACGGACACAUCAAGCAAGAAGCUAGACAUCGUUUACAAUCUGUUUCCCCCAGGAGUUCUACAGGACUUCCGCAUUCAUCACAUCGCGUUCAACAGCGUUUCGACGACCCUCAUGAAGAAGGCCCUGAAGCGGAUCACUUCGCUGAUGGUCGGACCGGAAAUGACCCGGCACUAUCGGGUGCCUUCACAAGACUUAAUCGACAGCAUAAUUCUGUCCUCGCAGGGCGAUUUGCGCAGUGCCACCCUGAAUGUGCACUUUGCUUCUCUUAAGAAUGCACCUCGGCUGGAAACGGAAGCGGUUUCCGGUGGCAGUGGGACGGUGCUGAAUACCUCCGGGAUGCGAAGUACGAAGGGGAGAAAGAAGGAAACCAAACUCAAGUCGGUCGGAGGCGAUGGGAGCAUUACGCUGAUGCACGCCCUGGGGCGGGUGUUCAAUCCGAAAUUCGAGGACUCAAACAAGUUCCACCACUCGCCGGAGGACCUAUCCGACGCUUUCGUGUCGCAACCGGGAGCGAUGAUAUCGCUAAUCCACUCGAACUACGUCACGAGGUUCACCGACAUCGAGGACAUCGUCGGGGCUGCGGAUGUGCUGAGUUUGGCCGAUGUGAUCAUGAGCGACGGCUUCCGGGAAGACCAGCUGACCGGGCAUGGACUGAAUUUGAUCGUCAGGGGGAUGAUGGUGCACAAUAGGAAAACGGCCAGCGGGUGGCAGCAGAUCCGGAAGAAGAAGACGUUCGAUAAACCGAGUGUCAGCAAUCAUGAACAGCAGUUGAAAAAGUUUGGCCUUGAGGCGUCUUCCAUCUCAGCAGGACUGUUGGUUACGGAUUACAAGAAAUAUCUGGAUAUUAUCAAGGGCACAUCGAAGGUGUAGCUUUAUACUUAGAAUAUUUUGUGUUAAUUAAAAUCUUUUAAAAGAUCGUUAAACGAGUCUUUAGAGUUAUUAACUUUUUUUUGUUCAGCAUAAUGUACUUAUUUAAACUACGUAUAGAACCUAUUGGUUAGCAAGGGUUUUUUCUGUUCAAUUUCGUCAACGAUCCGUUAAGGUGAAGAAACAUUGAAGCCACAUAACACCUUUAUUUACCACCUUAAACACCAUUAUAUGAACUAUUCAAGAAAAUA